GAGUGGGCGCGAGCUGGCGCGCGCCAAGUUUGGGGUUCUGGGUUGCCGCGGUGGGUCACGCGGCUGGCGCGUGUCGGUUGUUCCCAGUGUCCGGGAGUCUGAUGGGACUGAGGCGUCGCUAGCUGCGUUCACGGGGCCCUUUCCGGCACCUUUGAACCAGUGCAAUGGCAACUCCAGUCAACGGGGCCCACAAGGAUGCUGACCUGUGGUCCUCACAUGAUAAGAUGUUGGCGCAGCCCCUCAAGGACAGCGACAUUGAGGUUUACAACAUCAUUAAGAAGGAAAGUAACCGGCAGAGGGUCGGAUUGGAGCUGAUCGCCUCAGAGAAUUUCACCAGCCGAGCAGUUUUGGAGGCCCUGGGCUCUUGCUUAAAUAACAAAUAUUCUGAGGGGUACCCGGGCCAGAGAUACUACGGUGGGACUGAGUUUAUCGACGAGCUGGAGACACUCUGUCAGAAGCGAGCGCUGCAGGCCUAUAAUCUGGACCCACGGUGCUGGGGAGUCAAUGUCCAGCCCUACUCAGGCUCCCCUGCAAAUUUUGCAGUGUACACUGCCCUGGUGGAACCCCAUGGGCGCAUCAUGGGCCUGGACCUGCCUGAUGGGGGCCACCUGACCCAUGGGUUCAUGACAGACAAGAAGAAAAUCUCUGCCACAUCCAUCUUCUUUGAAUCAAUGCCCUAUAAGGUGAACCCAGACACUGGCUACAUCAACUAUGACCAGCUGGAGGAGAACGCCCGCCUCUUCCACCCAAAGCUGAUCAUCGCAGGAACCAGCUGCUACUCCCGAAACCUGGACUACGCACGUUUGCGGAAGAUUGCAGAUGAGAAUGGGGCGUAUCUCAUGGCGGAUAUGGCACACAUCAGUGGGCUGGUGGCGGCUGGUGUGGUGCCGUCCCCUUUUGAACACUGCCACGUGGUGACCACCACAACCCACAAGACCUUGAGAGGCUGCCGAGCUGGCAUGAUCUACUACAGGAGAGGAGUGCACAGUGUGGAUCCCAAGACUGGCAAGGAGAUUCUAUACAACCUGGAGUCACUCAUCAACUCUGCCGUGUUCCCAGGCCUGCAGGGAGGGCCCCACAACCACGCCAUUGCUGGUGUUGCUGUGGCCUUGAAGCAAACCAUGACUCCAGAAUUUAAAGUCUAUCAGCACCAGGUGGUGGCCAACUGCAGGGCUCUGUCUGAGGCCCUGAAGGAGCUGGGCUACAAAAUUGUAACAGGUGGUUCUGACAACCAUUUGAUCCUCGUGGAUCUCCGUUCCAAAGGUACAGAUGGCGGAAGGGCUGAGAAGGUGCUAGAAGCCUGUUCUAUUGCCUGCAACAAGAACACCUGCCCAGGUGACAGAAGUGCCCUGCGGCCCAGCGGACUGCGACUAGGGACCCCAGCACUGACAUCCCGAGGACUUACGGAAAAAGACUUCCAAAAAGUAGCCCACUUUAUUCACAGAGGGAUAGAGCUGACUCUGCAUAUCCAGGACGACAUCGGUGCGAGGGCCAGCCUGAAGGAGUUUAAGGAGAACCUGGCAGGGGAUAAGUACCAGAGCGCCGUGCGGGCUCUCCGGGAGGAGGUCGAGAGCUUUGCUUCUGCCUUCCCUCUACCUGGCCUGCCCGACGUUUAACAGAGCCACCCGCUCUGCACCUGCCUGGCACUGUUGAGGAGGACCCAGAUUCCUUAGAGACAGAAGAGCUGCCCCAUAGGGGACCUGUGUAGUUUCUUUGUGUGCCCUUUGAGGGAGUGUAUUUUGGACUUUUUUCAUGUUUCUUCACAAAUCAAAAUUUAAGUUCCAUUGUUAGUAAUUCUGGUAUAGAUUAUUAAAAAAUUCAAAUUUUUGCCUCA